AUGGCGACCGCGGCGGGAAACGCCGACGCGUCGGUCCUGCGCGAGGGCGCGAGCGAGGAAAAGGGCGAACACGCGCGCCUGGCAUCCUUCGUCGGCGCGAUGGCGAUCGGGGACUUGGUGAAGUCAACGCUCGGGCCGAAGGGGAUGGAUAAGAUCCUGCAGAGCGUGCAGAGAGGACGGAACGUGACGGUGACGAACGAUGGAGCGACGAUCUUGAAGUCGAUAUACGUCGAUAACCCGGCGGCGAAGGUGCUGGUGGACAUCUCAAAGGCGCAAGACGACGAGGUCGGGGACGGGACGACGUCGGUGGUGGUGUUCGCGAGCGAACUUUUGAGACAGGCGGAACAGUUGGUGAAUCAACACGUGCACCCGAUGACGAUUAUUCAAGGGUUUAGAGAGGCGUGCGAGGCGGCGAAGGCGGCGCUGGAGCGCGCGGCGAGCGAUAACGCCGGGGACGAGGCGAGAUUCAGGCAAGACUUGACCAACAUCGCGAAGACUACGCUGAGUUCGAAAAUCUUGACGAACGACAAGGAACACUUCGCCAAGCUCGCUGUGGAUGCGGUGCUGCGAUUGAAAGGGUCAGGAGACCUAGAGAUGAUUCAAAUCAUUCAGAAACCGGGUGGAAGCUUGAAGGAUUCGUUUUUAGACGAAGGAUUCAUCUUGGACAAGCGUUUUGGCGUCGGACAACCGAAGAGAAUCGAAAACGCGAAGAUUUUGAUCGCCAACACGCCCAUGGAUACGGAUAAAAUUAAAAUUUACGGUGCGCGCGUGCGAGUGGACUCCAUGACCAAGGUUGCGGAGAUUGAACAGGCGGAGCGCGAGAAGAUGAAGCGCAAGUGCGAAAAAAUCAUCGGCUACGGCAUCAACUGCUUCAUCAACCGUCAAUUGAUUUACAACUACCCCGAACAAAUCUUCACCGAAGCGGGCGUGGCUGCGAUCGAACACGCCGACUUUGACGGCAUCGAACGCCUGGCCUUGGUCACGGGUGGCGAUAUUUGCUCGACGUUUGACAACCCAGAGGACGUUCAGCUCGGCUCCUGCGACUUGAUUGAGGAGGUAAUGAUCGGUGAGGAUCGCUUGAUUCGAUUCAGCGGCGUUGCCAAGGGUGAGGCGUGUACGAUCGUUCUUCGAGGGGCGUCAGAGCAUAUCUUAGGUGAGGCUGAACGCUCGUUGCACGACGCCCUGUGCGUCUUGACGUCGACGGUGAAGGACAGCAGAGUCAUUUACGGCGGCGGUUGCUCGGAGAUGAUCAUGUCCAAAGCCGUGGAAGAGCUCGCAGCGAAAACGCCAGGGAAGAGAUCGUUAGCGAUGGAGUGCUUUGCCAAGGCUUUGCGCGCUAUCCCGACCAUCAUCUGCGACAACGGCGGCUUGGAUAGUUCUGAGCUCGUAUCGCAAAUGCGCGCCGCGCACGCUGCGGGGAAGAAGAACACCGGUAUCAACAUCUUGACGGGCGAAGUCGGUGACAUGCAACAGUGUGGCGUGGUCGAGUGCUUCCGUGUCAAGCAGCAAGUCCUUCUUUCGGCCACCGAAGCGGCUGAAAUGAUCAUUCGCGUCGACGACAUCAUAAAAUGCACGCCGCGUCAGCGAGAAUAG